UUUAUCCUCACACCCCUUUGUUCAGACAAAACUAAAUUUUCGAUCCCUCAUCAUUUUCCCUCUCAUUUUCGCAACCUUUGGAGGGAAAAACCUCCAAAAGCUCCAAUACCAAGCCCCUGCUCACACUGGAGACGUUACCGCGAUCUCGGUUUUCUGAUCGUUCUCGCGUUUGACUCUGUAUCGGGAGAGUUUGAUCAGGAGCCGUAUUUUGAGUUGUUCUGCUGGAGCCAAUUUGAUAUUGAUAGCCAUUUCAAAAUUGGAGGAUUCUUCCCAAUUUAGAAAUGCAAACAAAGACAAAAAAUUCCCGAGGAACUGCUGGUCGAGAGCAUGCCAGUCCCAGAGUUUCAAGAGCUCAGCAGAAGGUAUCUGAAAAUGUACAAGCUGUAGAAAAGAAAGUUAAAGACUUGAUUACAUCUUCAGCUAGAAAGCAGAGACUUGUUGGCGCUCUUCCCAAGAAGAAUAGGGAGCCUGUUGUGGCAACAGACUUGAAUGCUAAGUAUGAGUUGUUGCGUAACGAGUCUUCUGAUGUUUGUUUGGGGCAUGAUGCUAUUAAUGGUGCUUCCGUGGAUUUUAAGAGUUGCCAUGAGGAACCUGCUCAUCCCAUUAUGGAAACCAUAUUUUCUCCGUCCUUUCACAUUGCUAAACAUGCUGGGGGGGAAAUCGCCAAUGGAGUUGAUUUUGUCAAAUACUUUAGGAGUGGAGACCGGAAUCAAGAUCGUGAAAUAGAAUACUCCCACGUUGAUGUAUUGAAUGUUCAUCAUAUUGGUCAAGAAACUUCUGAAUCCAUUGUUGGGGAAGAGAACAAUUACACCGAGAAUACAGUAACUUCAAUGACAUUCCCUGUUGAUAUGGAAUUAGAUACAAAAAAUUCAUCCGAAAAUUUGAAUUCACAGAGCCUUGGUGAUCAGAUGCAUACUAUAUGUAGAAAUGAUGUAGAUUCUUGUCGUAAUGUGGAAUUGGAAGGAGUACAUCUUUCAUCUGAAGUUUCAGCCAUAUAUCUUGCCAUGAAAAAUUCUAAGCUUGAAUGUGUUGAUGAGCACGGUCAAGAUUCUAUGUCAACUGAUGUUUAUGUGGAGGAUGAUCAAUAUGAGGAAUUUGAUGAAUUUGAUCCCUAUUUUUUCAUAAAGAACUUACCGGACUUGUCAUCAGUUGUCCCAACUUUUCGCCCCAUGCUACUACCAAAACAAACGCGGAGUUGCCCACCUACUACACUUGUUUUGGACUUGGAUGAAACUUUGGUGCACUCGACACUAGAACCUUGUGACGAUGCAGAUUUCACUUUUCCUGUAAAUUUUAACCUCCAGGAGCAUACAGUCUAUGUUCGAUGUCGUCCUUAUCUCAGAGAUUUUAUGGAGAGAGUUUCCGGCCUUUUUGAGAUUAUUAUAUUUACAGCUAGCCAAAGUAUUUAUGCAGAGCAGCUACUAAAUGUGCUUGAUCCAAAGAGGAAGGUAUUUCGUCAUCGUGUUUACCGCGAGUCCUGUGUUUAUGUGGAUGGUAAUUACCUCAAAGAUUUGUCAGUUCUUGGUCGUGAUUUGGCACAUGUUAUCAUAAUUGACAACUCUCCACAGGCAUUUGGAUUCCAAGUUGACAAUGGAGUACCCAUUGAAAGCUGGUUUGAAGAUCGUUCGGAUAAAGAACUGCUCGCAUUACUUCCGUUUUUGGAGAGCUUGGUUGGAGCUGAAGAUGUUCGGCCAUUGAUUGCAAAGAAAUUCAAUCUUCGGGAGAAAAUAGCGGCAGCUGUCUGUCCUCCUUUAAACUCAAUUAGAGAUCCUUUUGAAAGAUGAGCCUUGAAUGUGAAUUCCAGUUCUACAGUUUGUAUUGGUCGUGAUUUCAACGAGAUAGAGAGGAGUUCGGAUCAGGGCUGUAAUCAACAGUUGGAAACGUUUUAUACAAGGAAGAUGGCACCCAGAAGUGCUUCAUGGAUAAAUUAGCUUGGGAAUAAGCGAUCUCAAAACUUUUAAAAUAUAUAUGUAUUUUGUUGGAAGGUGAUGAAGAUUGUUGUAAUUGAAAACUUGUUAGUCUUUGAAGAUGGGAAGAGUUAAUGAGAUUUUAAUAAAGUGACAGCAGUCGGUUAUAUUAUUUGGCA